AUGAACGCAGAGGUGGAUUACGGAGGCUCCGGCAGCAGCGGGAACGGGAAGCUGCGCCAGUGGCUCAUCGAGCAGGUGGACUGCGGAAAAUACCCGGGUCUGGUGUGGGAGAACGACGAGAAGAGCAUCUUCAGGAUACCGUGGAAACACGCCGGGAAACAGGACUACAACCGCGACGAGGAUGCCGCGCUUUUCAAGGCCUGGGCGCUGUUCAAAGGCAAGUUUCGGGAGGGCAUCGACAAGCCGGACCCGCCGACCUGGAAGACCCGCCUCCGCUGCGCCCUCAACAAGAGCAAUGACUUUGAGGAGCUUGUGGAGAGAAGCCAGCUGGACAUCUCAGACCCGUACAAAGUGUACCGCAUCAUCCCUGAGGGCGCCAAGAAAAGUUUGUUCUCUUCUGUGUUGCCUUCAGGACCCAGACAGGAGGACAGCCCUCUGAGUCCGAUGAGCUAUCAGGUGCACUCCCCCUAUCCUGCCCUGCAGACUCAGGUGCCACAGUACAUGCCCACAUCAGAGUGUGGCUGGAGAGAUUACUGUCAGGAGCAGGCCUCGCUGCCUGAGCUGCCCUUCACUCAGUGUCCCUGUCCUCCCCGCAGCCUGCCGUGGCAGGGCCCGCCCAUGGAGAAUGGAUAUCAGCUCCGAGCCUCUAUAUACUCGUACGGUCCUGCAGACAGCCAGCCCUCGCCUUUCACACUGGACGCCGGCAUCAGAUCAGCAGAGGCGUUCUCAGACUUCCGCAUGCACGUGUCUGUAUACAUCCGGGACACUCUGGUGAGGGAGUUGACCACCUCCAGUCCAGAGGGGUGCCACAUCACUCCGUGCUCCUCAGAGGAGAAGCACUACCUGACGCCUGGAGGUCCUGAGGUGGUGGUCCUGCCUGUGGACAGUCUAUUAGCCCAGAGGAGGCCGGACGAGUGUCCCCCGAGUCCGCCGUCCAUCCUGGACAGGGGAGUGUUACUGUGGAUGCGCCCAGACGGACUCUACGCCCGAAGGCUGUGUCAGUCCAGAGUGUACUGGCAGGGAGGACUGUCCCAGUACGGAGACAAGCCCAACAAACUGGAGCGAGAGGUCCCCUGUAGACUCCUUCACACGCAGGACUGCCUGGCAGAGAUCCAGAGUUAUGGGAUCCACGGUCGGCCGCUGCCUCGUUUCCAGGUCGUGCUGAGUUUUGGAGAUGAUUGUCUGGACCCGCAGAGACAAAGACAGACCCUCUCAGUCCAGGUGGAGCCGCUGUUUGCCAGGCAGCUCCUGUACUACGCCCAGCAGAUGGGCGGCCACUACUACCGCAGCUACGAGCACCCGGGAGUCACGGACCACAUAAACACCUCUGAGGAUUACCAGAGGACCCUCACACAUCACCACAGCAGCAGCCUGCAGGAGUGAUCUUAGUAGGAUCAAGUGACUGUUGAAAAAGAUGCAGCAGUGAGCUUUGAAAGAGACAAGAGGACAAACUUGGACAGUGUUAUACAUACAAACGACGGACAUUUAGUGACAGUAACUGUUUUCCCUGUAGGGUUCUGUGUGUGUUUGUCAGGGUGUGUGGCUGGAACAAAAGAUGAAGUGUUAUUUUUUCUUCCUUGCAGUAUUUUGAACAUUUUCUGUGCCGACUAUGCAAAGAGAACUGACAGCUGAUCUGAUUGUACUGAAAAAUGUUUGAUGAAUUUUAGUGCCUUUGGGAAAUAGUUAAGACAUUUGGGGAAAUCUGGGGCUUUUUCCACUUUCUUUCCGAGUUAUAUGAGAAGAUUGAUUGAUGCCACUCCCUAAACAUGAAGCUGGAGCCAGCAGGCGGUUAGCAUAGCUUAGCACAAAGACUGGAAACAGGAGGCCAACCAGAACCUUUACAGCUCACAAUGUAACGCUCUAUAUUUUAUUGUUAAAUCCGAACAAAAAAGGGACAGACUAUUGUCAUUUUGUUUCAUCUAUAUGAAAAAAGAAGAUAUAACGUGUUACAUUGGACCAUUAAAGUUGCUGUGUGAAAUAGGGUUGCGAUAGUAUCUCAGGAAAUUAAUAUUAUUUAUUAUUAUUAUCAGUUACAUUAACCCUUAAAAGGACUGAAAACAAGGUUAUUUUUGGGAGGGAUGAACAAAUACUUUACUACAACUGAAACUUUAAACACUUUUUUAAAAAUGAAAGUGUAGAUAAGUAUACGUAUUAUAGAUAAGUAAAUGUCCACAGUUUGAUAAUUGCCCUUUUUGACCCAGGCUAGCUGUUUCCCCCCUGUUUGCAGUCUGUAUGCUAAGCUAAGCUAAUUGUCUAUAUAUCUUCUGUACAGGUGUGAGAGCGGCAUUCACUCAUUUAACUUUUUUUGUUGCUAGAAGACACUAUUGAUAACUUUUAGCACAGUAAAUUAUGAAUGAAGUUUUGUGCCAGGCUGUGUUUGUGUGAGAAACUCUCAGGGAGCUGAUUUUAGAUAAGCUUUUUCAACUAUAUUUUGUAUCAAAUACAUGCAGUUUCAUGAUAUAUUUUUAAAUUUAAGUGUCAUACAUCAAAUCUGAGAAAGAGCUGGCGUGAAUGUUUUGAGCUUUUUUUUUGUUUUUUUUGUCUUGAAGGAGCAUAUUUCUGUUUUUAUAAAAGCAAUAAAUGCCUUAAGUGCAAAGAUCGACA